GGGUUUAUCCAAUAGAUAGCCAAUAGGGGAGCACGUUAUUUCACGACGAGGGCGUGCCUUUCAACUGACAGCCCCACACACCAAUGAAAAGUGCAGACAAAGUCGCAGCCGAAUUCCUGUCUUGUAUGAGCCAAUGAGAGGGAGGUCGGGCGGGGCUUCCUCUCAUUUUUGACAUCUUGGUAAACAGGGGUCCGCUUUUGCGGGUUGGUCGUCACGAGUUAUUAAUUUUCUGUGUUCCUGCCGGCCUAUUACACGCGCACUCACCGAGUGUUUUGGGAAAAGGGCUUUUUGGGGAGCGGGGGGCAGCGGGACUCAGCGGCAGGCUCCGGCAGACGCAUCGGCGCCGCUGUCCGUCCUGGGGCGGCCCAGCAUGUGACGGGGAUCAUCCAGCUGGCCCCAGGCGGGUGUCACCCCCAGCUCCUGCGACCUCGCCCGCCUCCCCAGCAAAAGAAGAAAAAAGAAAAGUAGGGAAAGGCUGUUGCAGAGAAAAUGGUGCACGUCUACAACUGCCACCCGUUCGCGUCCCAGCAAAUCGUCCCCACGGAGCAGGAACCGGGGCUGGUUUGCUGCGGCGGGGACGCGCUGUUCGUGGUGUCCGGCGGCGGGUGCAAGAUCGAGGCGUUUCAGGUGCGGGAGGAGGGCUGCACGCUGAUCUGCAGGUUCUCCGCCAUGGGGAAGGUGCAGACCAUCGCCUACUGCGAGACAGGGGACUACCUCGUCACCAUCGAGGAGAAGAACCAGGCCACCUACCUGCGGGCGUACACCAACUGGCGCCACCAGGCGGCCGAGAGGACGCGGGUCGGGGUGCGGCUCCUGGGCCACUUCCUGCGGGGCCCCUCCGUCCGGGCGGCCCCCCGGGAGCAGAUGGAGAUCAUCGAGAUCCCGCUGCGGGAGCCCCCGGCCUGCGUGGCGUGCUGCGGGGCCACGGGCGGCCUGCUGGUGGGCUGCGCCGACAGCGCGGUGGUCUUCGGCCUGCGCGGGCAGGCGCUGGGCGAGCAGCGCGCCGUGCUGGACUUCGAGCGCGUCCUGGUCCUGCACACGCCGGGCUGGACCGCCUCCCGGGCCGCGCUCUGCGGGGACCACGUGGCCCUGCAGCGGGACCUGGACGUGCUGGUGGUCAGGCUGCGGCGGCUCCGGCCCCGCCCGGACCGCGCCCUGGUGCCCGCGGAUACCGCCGCGGGAGGCGGGGCAGAUUUGGGGGCAGAAGGCGGUCCCACGGGGGGAUCCCUCCCGGAUCCGGAGGACUUCUACUUGUGUCCGAGAAACCAGGAGCUGCUGGGGGAGGAGGCCCGCGAGUGCGGGGUCUCGGUCACCCUGGAGAGCACCAGCCUGGAGCAGGAGUCCCGGGCCGAGCUGGGGGUGACCUACGUGCUCUACAGGCGCUUUGCUCCUGAUUUCAGUGAAGGCUGCAGCGUCGAGGACACCCGUCUGCACUCCCUGCAGCUGCUCCCCAUCUUCGCUGGGCCCAGCGAUCAGGACGUAGCUGAUGAGGUGAAGCACAGAGAGCCCACCUCGGUGUUCUGUUUCUUCUCCCUGCCCAACACCGGCUACCUGUACAGCAUUGAGAGCAGCGUGGAGCUGGUCUCCACCUACCUGUACCCUGAGAAGGCCCAGCAGGCGGCCCUGACUGGCCUCUUCCUGCACGUCAUCACCAGGAAUGCGCUGAUGUGCUUCAGCGUGCGCUGUGGCGCGGUGGCGGCGCGCUGCCUGGACCCCUACAUUGACACGAUGCUGAAGGUGCGAACCCUGCGCCCCAUCUCCCUUUGUUGUAGUGAAUCAAAAGAUCAAAAAAUCCUUUCAGGGAUUUUCCUAGCUGUAGGCAUAGAGCCGUCGUCUUCACCAGGAUUAGAGAGCCUGCUGUCAAAAGCGUAUUUGUCAAAAAAGCUGGCAGCCCCCAGGCCGAAGGAACCGGAGGAGACCAGCCACGGCUGGAACCUGUACUUGAUCAGCACUGUUCCCGCUGUGCAGCUGUACAGAGAGAUGGUGGAGUACAGUAAGAAGCACGAGUCGGCCAACCUGCAUUCCCAGAGCUCUCUGCACCUGCUGAGCGAGGCCCACCUGUUGCUCCGGGCGGCACUGCUGGACCCCACUGCGUCUGGGCCUGUGGACAAAGAGGAGCUGCAAGCUGCUUUCCAGGAGAGCUGCGCCCUGCUAGGAGACUGUUACAGCAGGUUUCACAAGAGGGACUCUCAUCUCGCCCUGCCCUACUACAAGAUGUCUGGCCUGUCCAUGACCGAGAUCAUCAACAGAAACCUGGAGUUUCCACGGAGCAGCGAAAGCUUUGGAAAAGGCUUCCUGUUCUUUCUGAAGCACGCGCUUGACGAGGAGACGACGGAGGAGCUGAGCACAGAGACUGCCGACAAGGUGCUGGAGGUCCUCGGCGCGGCCGAGCCCUCCCAGCUGCCCCACGCGGUGUGCAGCCCGGCCAUGAGGAACGCCAGCGCCGCCGGCGCCUUCGCCCUGCUGGACCGGCUGGAGGCGGCCGUGCCCUCCGUGGCCGUGUCCCUCUCCAAGGCGGCCGUGGCGCUGCGGAUGGGCAGCCUGCAGCAGUACAAGCAGCACAUGGACCGCCAUGCAGAGAUGCUGCAGGUGUACGGAUUCCUGGAGGAGCCGAGGCUGCUGCUGCUGCGGCGCGCCGGGGGGGCCGUGGCGCCGACCGAGCUGGCGCUCUGGCUGAGGGACACGCAGGAGGGGCUGCUGGUGGCGGCCGCCGUGGCGCUGCACGAGAACGGCAAGGUGAAGCUGGAGGAGGCCGACGCGUUCUUCCAGGAGCUGUGCAAGGAGAGCAGGAACGAGGAGAGCGGGCCGCAGCUCCUGGUGGACUUCUGGGAAGCCCUGGUGGUGGCGUCAGCCCAGGAAGCAGUGAUUCAGGACCUCCUGUUCAGGCUGGCCUCGGUGUACAUCGACCGCGUCGCCAGGAGGGAAAGGUGCAGCACCAAGCCCCUGAAGACCGCCGAGGACCUGAUCAGUUCCUGUCCCCACUACGGCUUGCUUUUCCCAUGGGUGAGCAUCGUCGCACCGGCCCGGUUCGACAUCGCCCACGACUACCAGGAAGACCUGCAGAAGUUACAGUCUCUGCUGUGCGGCCCCUCCCUGGGCGGCUCCUCUGUGUUGCCCCUGCUGGAGCAGCUCUCCGACGGCGAGGGCGCCGGGCUCAGCGUGCACCUGCUCUGCGCCACCAAGCUGGGCCAGCACGAGAGCUGCAUCGACAAGCUCCUGGACAGCUGCCCAGAGGCCAUCGUGGCCUACGCCCACCAGGAACUGCAGAGCGAGAAAACGGUGCUCUGGUGGCAGAAGCUCCUGCCCGAGCUGUGCCGGAGAAGCAGGUCCUGUGGGGCUGCAGGCGCGGUGUUGCUGUCUGCGCUGAGAGAGACGCUGCAGGUGGUGUCCAGGGAGCUGGGCCCACUGGAGUUCCUCCAGGUGCUGCCCAGCGACGGCUCAGCGGAGUUCUUCCUGCCCUACCUGCUUGAGUGCAGCCAGAGGGGCUCGGCCGCGUGAGGCUGGCACUGUCCCCGGGCUGGAGGAGAGGGCAGACGGCACGCCAUCUUCUGAAUCCUCACUGGGCUUCGCCUUCAGUGUUGACGUGGUGAACUCUCCGCAGACCCACUGAAAACGGGCCCCGGAUUAUGACUGUGAAAUGUGGCUGGCUUUGAACUCCUAUGCCGUUACGAGCUGCGGGUUUUUCUUUUUUCUCCUCCUUGCCGAGUGACGUUCCAGCUUCUUCUUCGGGGCUUGAAAGCACGGUGUCCUGCGCCUUUCCUUCAGUGGGUCCAUACAGGCCUGUCCUGUAACUCGACGUACCUGGAGUGGGCUGAACAGUUUGUAUUUGAGCCACCAGAGGGCAGUGCAGGGAAGUGGCAGCUGGCUUGUGGAAUCUAGACAAAGUUAUCUGAACAAGGUAAUCCAGCCAGCGUCUUGUUUAAAGAGGCAGGAGUUACCCAUAACGGAUGAAUGUUGAUUUCCCCAGGAGCACUUAACUCAUAGAAGGAAUCAGUAACAAAUAUAUCAGAGAGAUUGUUUUCUA